AUGAGAGCAAAAUUUCUUACAAAUUUGCUUAUUGAAAACGGUCAAGUCUCGAUGUCAAAUCGAGAUCUUUUUAUCGAGAAUUUGGAAUGUGUUGAUUCUAGGCCGGGGAAGCAAUAUGGAUUAGGUCAAGCUGCUUUAUAUCAUCUUUGGUCAGUUACUGGUUUACUUGAAUCUUCUGCUUCUAAAGAUAUUGUCGAAGUUCCUUCUUCUUCUACGUUUUAUACUACACACGAUGAGGCGGAAUCUUCAAGUUUGAGUCCUAACGAACUUCUCAAUGAUGAGUGUGACACUGCUUCCUCACUUCGUGCACUUUUUGAAACUUUUAUGCAUUGGUUAAAUUCAUCAGGAUCUAUUUCUCAUUUACCUCUAUCAAUAUUACAUUCUACUUUGCGUUCUUUAUCUUUAUUGUCAGAUUUAUUUCAAGAAAAGUCUUUCUACAUACAAACUUUUUCGACAAUUAAAAGUUUGUUGGCCAACAAUCCGGUUAAUUUAAAAUUAAUUUUCUGUUUUAAUUUAUUUUUUAAGUUUUUAUUUACUGAUUCAACCUGUAAAGGAUAUUCAUAUUAUCUAUUGCUUAAAUGUGCUUCUGUUUUGGAUUGGAUGGAAUUGGCUGAUUCUGGUGAAGUGUCAACUGCCAAGUAUAUUGAGAGUAUUAUUCAUUCUGGAUUUUUACAACAAGAUGAUAAAUUUGUUCAAAAUUGUUCUCUUCAUGGACUUUUAUAUUUAUCACAAUCAUUAGCAUUAGACAAUUUACACAAUAUAAUGUCAAUUUCUUUUGAUUUUGUUGUAAAAGAAUUGAAACAAUUGAGACAAGAAGGAAUAAAUUCUUUGGAUUAUUUUAUUUUUUAUCAAAAAUUAUGUUGGGCAUUUGCCUUUGGAAUUUUACAAGAAGCUGUUCCUUUAUCUAAAAAUUCACGUGAUGAAUUUCUCCAAUUAAUCAAGCUUAUGUUUAUUGACCCUCAUUUACCUGACUGGCUAAAAUCUUUAUUAACCCAUGGUAUUGAAUCUUUAGUUCUUCACAGUUGUAGUUAUGCUUCUAGUUUCCGUCAAAUUGCCUUAGAAUAUUUUGAUACAUAUCAACUUCAACCUGGACAUUUGCCUUAUGCUCUUUCAAUUUAUUUUACUUGUGCUUAUAGAGAAUUAAACGAAGGUGGAGAAUAUACCUAUGCUUUCAAUAAAAGUUUUGGCGAAGAUUUUCUUAAAAUUUUGAACAUAUUCUCAUUCUUCUCAAAUUCUCCAAUAGAAUCAAAAGUUCUUUCAAUGUGUCAUCUAAUUUCUGAUCUUGUUUCAUUUGUCUGGGCAAAAGAAGUUGUUUUAGAAUGUAUUUGGACUGUUUUGAUGCCUCCACUUACUCCAAUAGCUUCACCAAGAAAGCCGACAUCGUCCCCCUUUUCUUCUCAAAAUGAUACCAAUGAUCAAAGACUGUCAACUGAUUUUUCUGAUCCAUUGCAAUAUCCUUCAGAGUCUUAUAGCAUUUCUGAUAACAAACCUUUACUUCCUCAACAACUUAUUUUGAGCAAAUUUGAUCAAUUUCUUGUUCAAUUAAUUUUUUUUAUUUUGAGAAAAUUGUACAAAACUGACAGAAAAGUUUGUUAUGAAUUGUUGGCAAAUUUUUUUAUUCCAAAAUUAAUGAAUAGAAUAGAAAAUUCAUCAGAAAUGAUAAGAUAUUUAACUUUGAUUUUACUUUGUUCAACAACAAACAAUGAAGCUAAUAGUAAAAGAGUCCAUUUCUUGUUUCGAUCUAAUCCUUUUGAUUCUGAAUUUUUCAAAGCUGUUUUUCAUUCUGAUUAUAUCAACAAAUUAAUUAACGACUUUUUGGAUGAGGUAAAAAUUUUUUUAAAUUUACAAACAAAAAUGUUUUUUAUCUUCAAGUUUGAUUCUUUGAAACUUGUUGAAGAUCAAAAGAGGAGUGAGCUCUUAGAAUUUUUUCUUUCAACAUUAUCAAUAAAUUAUAUUUAA